CCUUUACGGCGCCCCGCCCGCGCGCCGGGGGAACAGGUAGCGGGGCCGGCGGCCGCGGGCGCCCACGCGCGCAGUCCGAGGCCGGAGGACUCCGUCGAACAUGGCCAACCUGGUGCCCCUCAUCGCAGCGCGGGGCCGGCGGGGGAGACGCGACUGGUCUCUUAGUCUUAUAACAGCAUCUUUAGCUGGAGCCUUUGGAUCCUCCUUCCUCUAUGGUUAUAAUCUCUCUGUGGUGAAUGCACCGACAGUGUUUAUUAAGAAGUUUUACAAUGAAAGCUGGGAAAGAAGAUACAACCAGUCAAUCACUGAAGAGUCACUUACCUUGCUAUGGACUUUAUCUGUAUCUAUUUUUGCUAUUGGUGGACUUGUGGGUGCAUUAAUCGUUACUCCAGCUGUCAAGUAUUUUGGUCGAAAGCAAACACUGCUGCUAAAUAAUGUGUUUGCCAUUGUGGCUGCAUUGUUGAUGGCCUUCUCACAGCUGGCAGGAAUCUUGGAAAUGAUUAUUUUGGGCCGAUUCAUAAUGGGCAUUGAUGGAGGGAUAUCUCUGAGUGCACUCCCAAUAUAUUUGAGUGAAAUUUCCCCCAAGCAGAUCCGUGGGUCAUUAGGACAAAUUACAGCAAUCUUCAUCUGUGUUGGUGUUUUCAGUGGACAGGUUUUGGGGCUACCUGAGAUAUUUGGAAAGGAGUCCCUGUGGCCUUAUCUGUUUGUAAUGAUUAUUGUCCCAUCAACUCUUCAACUCGGAGUCCUGCCUUUUCUUCCAGAAAGUCCUCGCUUCCUCUUACUUGAAAAACAUGACACAAAAGCAGCAGAAAAAGCAUUUCAGAAAUUCCUUGGAAAAUCUGAUGUGUCACAUGAAAUAGAAGAAGUUUUGGAAGAGAGUCGAAUGCAGAGAAACAUUCAAGUAGCAUCUGUAUUUCAACUUUUGCGUGACAACACUAAACGGUGGCAGAUUCUCACUGUAGUUGUAACCAUGGCUUGCUAUCAACUUUGUGGCCUUAAUGCUAUUUGGUUCUACACAAAUGACAUUUUCAGGGGAGCUGGCCUAAGUCCUGAAAUGAUUCCAUACGUCACCUUAAGCACAGGAGCUGUGGAGAUUUUGGCUGCUGUUUUCUCAGGUUUAGUGAUUGAACGACUUGGACGCAGACCUCUUCUGAUCGGGGGCUUUGCUUUGAUGGCUUUCUUCUUCAUCAUGCUUACUGUGUGUAUGACUCUACAGGAUCAAGCAAUCUGGUUUCGGUAUCUCAGUAUAGUCUGCAUUCUUGCAAUAAUUGCCUCAUUUUGCAUCGGACCAGGUGGGAUCCCGUUCAUCCUCACCGCAGAGUUCUUCCCGCAGUCUCAGAGGCCAGCAGCGUUUAUGAUUGCUGGUAUCACCAACUGGCUCUGCAACUUUGUGGUUGGACUCCUUUUCCCUUUCAUUCAGAAAGGUUUGCAGACAUACUGUUUCCUGGUUUUUGCUGUCAUCUGUCUUGCUGGAGCCACUUUCCUUUUUUUUGUCCUACCUGAAACAAAAAAGAAAACACUUGCUGAAAUCAACCAGGCAUUUGCCAAGAAGAAGAUGCCUCCAGAAAUCCAGGAAAUGGGUCAUUUUGACCCCAAGGGAAAAUCAAGUGAAGAACAAGAACCCAACCUUUCUAAUACACUGGGAAAUGGGAAAAACAAAAGUGAAAUGGCCUAAAUUCCAUUUUUUACAUGGGAUUUUUUUGCAUUUUAACCAAGAUAUUUAUUAACUUGCUUGUGGUUGGAGAGGAAAUAGUUGUAACUAGAGUUGGUAUGUAGUCAAAAAAGGAGCUGGAUUAUCUGAGCGAGGUCACUGAUUCAUUUCACUAUGCAAAUUCAGAUCUGAGCGCUGAUUGAGGCAUGAAGUGUUAAGCAGUUAGCAUGUCCAAAGGACCUGAGGGGUGCAGUGACUUUUCCUCUUACAAUACAGGUCUGUUUUCAUGGCAGCCCUCUUAGUGCAGGGUUUGCUUCUUCAGGCAAAUGGCUUGCCAGUUCUGGAGUAAAAAGCUGCUCGGCAAGGUUUCCAAAGUGCCCUCUAAACCUCUAGUCAUAAAAUUAGAGGAGGUGCUGUAUCACAGAUUGGACUGGAGGAAGACUCCGAAUUACCUUCCCUAUGCAAAACAGUCACCGAAGAACGUUUCUAUCCUGGAAAAGUUAACUUCCAGCUUCCCCACUUUGUGGCGAUGCUGCGCAAUCUCUUCAACAGUAGCUUGCUUUCAUGGGAUUUUGACAAGUUUUUUCAUGGAAGAACAAUUAGUCCCACAUGGACAACUUCUUAUACUCUUAGGGCAAUUCUGUCUGUGAGGAAAUACUUAAAUCUCAGGUCUUAACUAUCUUUUGUUCUGCCACUUUUAAAUAAAAUCAGGGCCUUAAUGUUAUGUUCAUGGGGUAUUUUUAUUUUACAUCUCUGAGUGGCAGCUACUUUGUAAAUAAAAUUCAGUGAAAUUUUAUUUGAAUAUUGCAGCUAGAGCUAUGCCAUCUAGUGCUGAUCUUUACCCCAAGCCAGUCCAGUCGCAGUGAUGUAAACAUGUCUUGCUUUGUGGCUUUAUAGAUACAGUUUUAGUUUAAUACAUUUUUAUAAUAAAAGUCACAAGAUGUAACAAAGUUGAUGCUCAAGAAUAUUGGUAGCUCAUUGCUACCUUGGAUACAAAUUUUGUUCCCUGCCUUAAAUACCACUGCACCCCCCCCCAUUUAUGUAUCUUUACAUAGUGCAUGUUUAUUGUACUUUAUUAGUUUCAGAGGCCACCCAACUCUCAGACAACUGGGAAGCUCACAUUUUAACUGUGAGAAACAGUAAAAUGAAGAGGAAAAAAAACAUGACUGGAAAAAAAAUUAACCUAAGAGAGGGGUUCUUUUGCAUCAGAUUUGCAGCACAUUUUUGUGACUUAUUCAUGGAGAACAAAAAAAAUAUAGAAGGAUGGUUUUGGAAACUAGUGCCUGGAGUUGCAAUUACUUACCUUUUCCAUUUUCCAUCUUUUCAAAAUGUUUCAUUGCUGUUUGUCCACAUGUAAAUCAUGGGACAUUUAUUUACGGGUAGGGAAGUUGUGGGACUGGGUUUUGAUCUUGAAUAGGAAUGGGGAUUGUUAUAGUCUAUUUAAUUUAAAGCCAUUGUAAGAAUUAUUGUACUCUUAUUGUAAGAAGCUUCAGAAUGGCAAAUGCAGCGGAAAUAUUGGGGUAUAAUGAAGCCUUGAUUAAAAUACAUAUGUUGCCAUUUUUUCAGCUUCACAAAGGCACUGAGAGAAAUGAAGGUCACUUUCAAGUUCCACCCUCACAUUCACACACACACUCAAACUGCAAGGAAGUUUUGGGCAUGAUUUGGCUCCCAGAACAUCCUCCUUGUAGACCUGCUCAAAACGAACUGGGAGACUGGCAAUCACCCAGUAUUAACUCCAGAAUAUGGUGAGAGGAAGUCUCGGUAAGGUUAAAAGUGUUGUAAAAAAUGUCUCCUCUAUUUUUUCCCCUUCCACUCUCUCUACGAGUUGGGAAAAACACUACAACUUUAUAGAGUUCCACAAGGCAGUAUUUUCAUGCAAGAUCUCAUUUAACAUUUGUUCUUUGGUCAGCAGAAAGAGGCUGUAGUUAGAAGAGAUGGAUGAACAAAAAACAUGACUUCUUGUUUCUGAAUAUUUGUUUUGCACAAAGGGAGAAUGAUUACUUGAUUACUAGCAUUUUCAGGUGUUUAAAAUAUUUUAACCCAGACGUGCUUUUGGGAACAACUAUUACUCGUACUGUUCCUCCACUAUUUAUUUCUAUAAUCUUGGUGGUGCUGUGGAGCUUCACUUUAGAACAGGCUGCAACUCAACACUGAAUUCUCAGAUCAUCUUAGAAGAUACCUACUAUCUUCAAAUUCAAGCAGAGGGUAUUGAUGCAGUGUUAGGAUAUAAGAGACAUACAUUUAUGAAGUUCAGAAUAUCCUGGUUCACAUACAGUAUAACUACAAAUCCAUAAUGUGGUUAGGUAAAUACGCCCCAAGAAAACCUGGGUUUAUUUUUGUAAAAAGAAACACAAUUUGAAACUCUGGUGGGUUAUGAUUGCUGGUUGUUUUAGCCAUGGCUUCUUGGGGCAAAUCCAGAAUCCUAAUUUAUUUCUGGAUUUUUUUAUAGGAAUAAACAUUGUAGGAAAAGAAAUUGAGAAAAUGUGGAAAUCGAACAACUUUAUGAUUACUCUACAUCUGAGUAGGACUUACUAGCUCAUUCUUAGCUUUUUAGCAAAUCAUGGUUAACGCACAUCCUGUCUGAGCAUUUAUGUAAAUGUGAUCAUGUGGUAUUCCUAUGGAAUUCAUAACCUAUAAUUUUACUAUUGCCAUUCUCUUGCUGCUAUAUUUUCCUAAGAAGAGAGUGGUAUUCUGAUUAACUGUGAUUAAAGGACCAAUGAAUGUUUUUUGUUAGGUUAUAUUUUAGCAAGUUCUAAUUCUUUGCUAAAAUUCAUAUAACGGUUUAGCAAACUUUUGGACUAGUGGGUAUUUGGAAUCUUGUCCAUGAGCGAUGACCGUCUCACAAGGGGACAGUCAGAGGUGAGUCAGCUUGCUAUGCCUGGCAGGGGAAUCACAGCACUGCCGCUGACCAGGAAGAGAGCAGGUGAGGUUGCUGCCCAUCUCUUCCUCUGCCACCUUGUCUUUUUUUCCCUUGUUCCUGGAUGCAACCGCUGGGCUGCAACCAACUUCCACCACUUUUUGUAAAAUGCCAGUAGGGUUAGUGUGGGGCCAAGGCAUUCUCAUGAAUAAAAAUGACAAGUUUCAACGUAAAGGGAUCUUUAAAAAGAACGUGGGGCAGGUGGGACUCUAGAAUAACCUCAGUCUAAUUUUUCAUUUACUUGUUCAGUUAUUUCUAGGCUGCUUAUGAGCCAGCUAAAACAGUAGCUCUUACGCAUAACUACUGUAUGAUGAGGUCAAUGGAUACGUAUGUCAGUGUGAAUGUAAUCUGGAACUGAAUAAAGUAUAACUCCUUUGCUU